UGAGUUGGCACUCUGCGUGUUAACAGUGUGGGGACACUAGGACAGGAGCUGCCCUGCUCAUCCUUUACCCCUCGCUCAUUCCCCUUUGGGGAGACGGGUGCUGGCGUCCCUGCCCUGCCCUUCCACCCCUUGCCCCCCACUUGCCAUAGAGGGGACAGGCCCGUUAUGGCUGGGGACAGGCUCCCACGCAAGGUGAUGGACCCCAAGAAGCUGGCCAGCCUCCUGAGGAACGGAGCGGAGGGCACCCUGGUCAUCGACAGCCGCUCCUUCGUGGAGUACAACUCCUGGCACGUCCUCAGCUCCGUCAACAUCUGCUGCUCCAAGCUCGUUAAGAGGAGGCUCCAGCAGGACAAGGUCUCCAUCACGGAGCUCAUCCAGCCUGCCUCCAAGAUGAAGGUGGAGGCAGAAGAGCACCAGGACGUGGUGGUCUAUGACCAGAGCACGCGGGACGUGACCGGCUUGGCCGCCGACAGCUUCCUCUCCAUCCUCCUGGGCAAGUUGGACAGCUGUUUCCACAGUGUCUCCAUCCUCACAGGAGGUUUUGCCACCUUCUCGUCCUGCUUCCCGGGGCUCUGCGAAGGGAAACCAGCUGCCAUUCUGCCGAUGAGCAUCUCCCAGCCAUGCUUGCCUGUGGCCAACGUCGGCCCCACGCGUAUCCUGCCACAUCUCUACCUGGGCUCCCAGAAGGACGUCCUAAACAAGGAUUUGAUGACGCAGAACGGGAUAAGCUAUGUCCUAAACGCCAGCAACUCCUGUCCCAAGCCAGACUUCAUCUGUGAUAGUCACUUCAUGCGCAUUCCUGUCAAUGACAACUACUGUGAGAAGCUGCUUCCCUGGCUGGACAAGUCCAUUGAAUUCAUUGACAAAGCCAAGGUGUCCAGCUGCCAGGUGAUUGUGCACUGCUUGGCUGGGAUCUCCCGGUCAGCCACCAUCGCCAUCGCCUACAUCAUGAAGACCAUGGGUAUGUCAUCAGACGAUGCUUACAGGUUUGUUAAGGACCGUCGCCCGUCCAUCUCGCCCAACUUCAACUUCCUGGGCCAGCUCCUGGAGUAUGAAAGGAGCCUGAAGCUCCUGAAGGCCCUAAAGACAAAGGGAGACCGGGGCGAGGGGGAUGCCCAGCAGGACCCAGCAGAGGUGGCUGAGGGCAGCCGGCAUCCCCUAACACCUACCUCAGAGAAGGCCGAGGACAUGCCGAGAAGCACCAGCUCGGUGUCCCCCCACAGUGACCCCGAGUCGCAGGGUGGGACCCCAAAGGUCCUGUCGCCCACCACCCUGCAGCAGGGGCUCAAUGGCUUGCACCUCUCCUCCGAGCGCAUCCAGGACACCAACCGCCUGAAACGCUCCUUCUCCCUGGACAUCAAGUCUGCCUACUCUCCCAGCCUGAGGCAGGACCCCCCUGGACCCCCUGGACCCGGGGAAGCCCCCAAACUCUGCAAGCUGGACAGCCCCUCGGGCCCUGGCAGUCUCAGCCCCUUCUCCCCAGGGGCAGAGAGCCCUGACCGGCCAGCGGGGCCUGAGCUCCUGCUGGAGGCCAAGGUGAGGCAGCGGCGGAAGCACCGGCACCCGGCGGGCUCGCCAGCCCACGGGCUCAGCCUCAACGUUGGCGGGACCUGCGCCACACGCAAGAGCCCCGGCGCUGAGGACGGGCUGCCACCACGGCUCGGCCAGCCGCCCACCACACCCGGCACCACCACCGCCACUGCUGCCUGGAGUGGGGUGCACCUGGUCCCCAGCACUCCCUCCGGCGAGGCUGGCUGGUACUUUGGCAAAGGACUCUGUGGUGCGGCGGCAGCGGCGGGGAAGCCUGUUUCCCACACUGGCCCGUAUCCGCCGCCGUUCGGCUGCGGCGGGGGGCGGGGCUGUGAGAUCAGACUGAGGGACAAGGCGCGGGCCGAGCCGCGGGACGGGCGGCACAGCUGGCAUGAGGAGGCCGGCGCUGAGAAGCAAUUCAAGCGGAGGAGCUGCCAGAUGGAAUUCGAGGAGACCAUGUCUGAGGGCAGGGCUCGUGAAGAGCUGGGCAAAAUCAGCAAACAGUCCAGCUUUUCAGGCAGCAUGGAGAUCAUCGAGGUGUCCUGACACUCACCUGGGGCACCUGGAGAGAUGGGUUGGGGACAGGGCGGGGGGAUAUUUAAGCUGGGGGGAACAGGGGAGGGGGUGGUGAGGUGGGGUGUAUUUAUACUUGCGCGUGCAUUUUCGGGAGCGCAAGCGCUGAAACCGAAGCAAAGGUGGAUGAGUCUUUCCAAAGUCGGGAAACAUAAUGGCGGAUGCUUAGCGUCCCUCCCUUCUGCACUCACCUCGGUCCUUCCCUCCCAUCCGCAGGGGGUCCCAGCCCUCAGAGACCUGCACUCAAAGUUUGGGCAUAAAACUCAAGUGGGAAGAGACAGGGGUGGCAAUUUUGGCUGUGGGGACGGGGCACAGCAUUUGGAGGGGGGACCACAACUGCCCCUUCCUGGCGACCUGGUGCACUAAGCAUGCUCCCUUGUGUUUCUCUGGCUAAGUAUCCUAAAAAUGCUGCACUGAAGCAGCCCUAUACAUAUAUAAAUAUAUAUUAUAUAUAAUAUAAAGAAAAAAAACCCGAAAACACACACACGAAAGAAAAGGUAAAUGGUUUUACUGCGAUUUUUAUUGAUACGUAAAUAAUAUUUCAAUUUUUUUGUUUUGUUUUUAAUUUAUUGAAGCUGUUCAUUCUGGCAAUGAUUUGCAGACAAUGUGGGGCGGUACUUUCAGCUCUAUUUUUACUGUGUAUGGUAUUUAAAUCUGAAAUACGAGUUUCUAAGCAAUAUCCGAGGCCUGUGGCUCCUUCUGUAGUUCAUAUCCAAGACAUAGAUUUCCCCCCUUCCCUCUGGGCACACCAACAAGGGGACAGGAGACUCUUUUGGACACUUUUUCUAGAAAUGAACAAGUAAACAAGCAGACCAUAAAACCUUCUUACAACACAAACUGAGCCAGAAAACUCUUCUGGAAGCUGCUGCCUCUUCUUCAGACCUUGGUCUCUGUUUGCUUCUCCUCAUCUCCAUCUAUUACUGCCAUCCUAGGCAUCAUCCCAUCCCAUACAUUGUCCCCAUCCUGGUCGUCACUCCAUCCCAGCCAUGCCUCGCUCCCCUCCCCUCCCUUGGGCUGCCCAUCCUCACUGGAGUGGGCGAGGAGGGAGUCACCUGAAAUGGAUAGAAGGCUGUAAGGUGUCAUUUCCAGCUGCCUGGGGAAGGCAUUGGAAGGUGCCACAGUGGAGGCAGGGAGGCUGGUGGUAGUUGGGAUUUCUUGUUGGGAGGUGUGUUGCCUGCCUGCUCCAGCCCCUCAGCUCCCCCUCGCCUCAGCCACCUUGCUUGGGAGCCACGGGCACUGCUUUCCCUUUGGAAGCACUGGUUUUUCAGGCUUUCCUGCAUCCUUUGUUUCACAUCUGAGAAACUCAAGGGGGGUGUGUUUACAGGCGCUGGGGCUCCCCUGGUCCUGUUCCCCUCCACGCUGGCUCCCCUCUUUCCAGCAGAUGAUAUGCUGUCCAGACACAAAGCUCUGCAAGCACAUGGCAGGGCACAACUGACUUAUUUUCAGAGGUGGUUGGCUGCUUCCUCCCAUCUGGUGGGAAGCCAGGCUCCUGCCCCCAAACCCCAAUGUCAGGAUUGCUGAGAAGCUGCUUUCUGAAGCUGGAGGCACUGAGCUGCCUCCACUGCAAAGCACAUCUUUCCCUGUGGCUGUCUUUGCUUUCUCCCUUCUCGCACUAGUUUGCAAAGCUAAUACCUCAGGGGUCUGUGUUUGUGCAUGUCUGUGUCCUGUGUCAUCCUUGGAGUGUUGGUUUGUUUUCUUUUCUGGGUCCACAUGGUUUCUCUCCCUUUCCCUUGUUCCUCCUCGUGUCAUUCGUUUCUAUCUUUAAAUCAAACUACCCGUGACAAAACCAAAUGAUCUCAGGUUUAAAACUGAACACAAAGCAGAGGCGUGAGAAGCUGCAAUCAUGCAAGGAGGGGCUGCUCACUUCAGCUCAUUGCUUCCUCAACCACCUCUGUGUUUGCAGUUGAGGCAAGUCUCCCUGGAGACUCCUCACUCUCUUCGGGCUGGCUUUGGUUUUUCUGGUUUUCCAUGGAGCUGUUUGGUGAGAUGCUGGGGACCCCCACGUGCUCCUGCCUGGUUCCCUGAGGUGUGGCGGGGAGGGAUGGGGGUGGCUGGAGAGCCAAGGACCACCUGCCUCUCUCCCCACAUCACUUUUGAUGAGGGUGAGAGAUCUCAGUCAGUCCUCAAAAGCCUACCACCACCCAUCUUUGCCUCCAACAACCACCUCAAACCUGCUCAGUGUUGCCAACCUGAACAUUGCUCCCUUCUGAUUAUGAAAGGGUGAUGACACUAUUUUCUAGGCUCCCUUUUUAUAUUUCAAAAGGCAUUUGGGUCCAUCCCAUGAGUCAGGCAGCUAUUUCAGGAGCUCCUCUUGCAGCAGGGUCUCCUAAGUAGGCAUUGAUGUCAAGUCCAAGGAGGGAGGGUUAAAAGGCUUCAUCCUCCUGGUAGCCCACCCACCGGGCAUAGUGUUAGUGUCACCUGCCUCCUGGUCCCUCUUCCCCUUCUGCUGCCUCAGUGACAACAUCUCUUCCCCAGCAUGCCAGUGGUCAUUGUCUGCUGAUCUCUGCUCCAUAGGACUCAGUUCCUGCCCAUUCUGUAGCCCUCCAGGGUUGGUGCCAGCAUGGACUAACUGAGCUCAGGUCAGGCAAGUUGCUGGCAGGAGCUGGCUAGGUGUAGCUUUGAGCAAUGCAGAGGGGGCUAAAUGUCUUCCCAAGGGAUUUAAUAGAAAGAGGACAGUAGGUCAGCACAGCCACGUGGGGACAUGAGACAAGCUCUCUGGUGAUUCAUCCUGUUAGCUGACACUGUGUUACAAGCUCAAAAAAGCAGAUGGAGCAAGUCAGGAAGGAGAGGGUGCAUGUUGUAAAUGAGACCCUGAAUAUCUGCAAGGAGGCAGAUAUGUGGUUUGCUUUUUGUCAUCUCCACUCUGCCAUCACCUGGAUGCUCCUCAGACAUGCUUGAGGUGUUAGGCACUAUGGACUCCUCUCUCCUCUGAAACCAGAACAAAGAUAAGUAUAUUUUAAGAUUAGUAGAUCAUGAAUGCCAAUAGACAUUAAUGAUCCACCUCUGUAGCCUUAUUUUGAUGUACUUUGCAUUUAUCCCUCUCCUUUACAUUGGGCAUGUGCACUAGAAGCCCUCACAUAUACAAUAUUUGAAAUCUGUAUCCAGAAAAUAAGCCUUGCUGGAGCAGCCCUGCCUGAGUGUCUCCUGCCAGUGCUGACCCAAAGCCAUCAGGGUCACCAAGUGGCUUGCAAUUAACUUAAAUUAUUUUUUUAGAUCAAACUCUGUCUUAGACCACUUUGUCCAUGAAUCAGAGAGCUGUGAGUUGUCAUGAGGAUGGAUGUGCUGGCUGGUAAUCCUCCCCAUCAUCUGUCAGCCAAGUCUUUUUAUAGGCUCUCACAGCCAGAUGACCCAACCCAAAGCCUCGGUGGAACCAAACAUCACCUUUCCAUGCUGGUCUGAUAAGAGUGCAUUCAUUUGUAGGGAUCUACAGUGGCAAAGUGCGAGCAGGGGAGAGGAAAGGUCGCUGCUUUCAAGGGAGGAACCAACAAAGCUGUUGAGUGUCCAACAGCAGAGGCAAUGAGUGGAUGAGCUUUCCAUGACAUGAAGGAUUGAGCAAACUACAGCUCUCCUUAGGACUAGAAAGGACAUUGCACCUUUCCUUCCAGCCUAUCCCCAGGGCUAAGCAUCCCAGACACCUUCCCGGCUGCCUUUUGCAGGGGCUGAGAGAAGCUGGCAGGAGGGCAGUGAUUAGGUUGGCAACACUGAGCCAGAGGCUUGGGUCAGAGCAGGCUCGUCCCUGGCCUCAGCAGCAGCAGCAUCCCCAGCCCCCGCUGCUUUCCCAGCCCUUCUAUUUGUCUGCUUGUUUCUUUGGACAUCCAUCCCCUUUACAUCUGCCCCUUAGGAGACAAUGCCCCCCAGAAUCCCCUUUUGCUGUCCCCUUUACCCUCCCAUCCUUAAUACUAAUGAUAAUAAGCUAUCAGUGUUGUCAUUGCAAUCUAUGAAUGAUAGAUUUGAGUAUUUAUGAUUAUUAUUAUUAUUAUGAUUAUUAUGGUUAUGAUUCUGUACCUUUUUGCUUCUUACUCUUUGUAUGUUGCUCUUUGUUUCUCUGUUGUGAAUAAAAGCAAGGCCCCAUCACACCUUCUCUCUGCUCCCCACAGCCCAGCUGUGGCUGCACUCUGCACAGCUCCUGACUGCCCCAAGCCUAAAAAGGCAAACCCUCGUCAGAGGAGCUGGAGGAAGGUGCUUCCUAAGGAUAUUAAGGCACCCAAACCUGGAGCAGAUCUGUUCUCUUAACUCUUCCCUUCCCUUCCUGCAGCUCCUCUCCCCCAUACAGGUGCCUGCUCGUUGAUGCAAGAGGCGGGAACCUACUGGCAUAAACAACGGAAAAUUAAAUAGCAAAAGCUUAAAGCUUUUGUAACAGCUUUAAGGGGCAUUGUCCAGGCAUCCAGAUCAUGGAGUCAGCUCCCUCCAGGUUGUGGGUCAUCUCACCUUCUUCAGCUGGCUGCACCUACAGGCUGCACUUUCACCCACAGGGGCUUCUUGCUCUGGUAUCACAGGUGACCUGCAAAGCUGCCCUGCUCAGCUGAGCCUGGGCACGCUGCUUUAGCCGAGUGUCCUGGGCUUUCUUGGCUUGAGUGUCCUCCUCGUGCCAGUCAGCUCCCCUGCCCAGGGACAGUACAGCCUGGGGAGGACAUGUGGCCAGUGCUAGAGCAAGCUCAGUGGCAGAGCAGCAGGGAGACAUGUGAGUGGCCUCUGGUACCUGGAGGGAUUUAGGAAAGGGAUGGCUCCCAACGUAGGACUUGAUACGGCUUUUAUCCAACGCUGAUAAAUUGGGGUGUCGUAAGCAGACAGAGUCUGCAAAAUGGUUUUUUGCACCCAUUGCCUGUGCUCCUUGUACAACCCAGAGGUUUCCAGGUGACUGUAAGGUGGAGGAGGAGACACCAGGGGAAGGGAAGAGGAACCCUGUCUGCACUGUGGUACGAAACACUCUCUGUACUGCGCCAGCCCCAUGAAGAGUCAUUUUAAUUUGUGGGGUUUAACUCUGGCCUUCUCCAAGUGGCCCAGGCACAGUUUCUUGUCUCUGUCAUGACUUUGCUUUGUCAUGGGUUGGGGUCCUUCUCAUCACGCUGUGCUGAACACAUUUCCAAGGUUGCUCUGAGACCACAAUGGAGAGGAGAGAGCUCAGGUCUCACCCCUCUCUCAGGGGACCCUGGUAGACCCCUCUUGGGGUCCUGGUCCAGCAUCACCCUUCCUACCUCACCUGCCUUUGGGGCAGCCGUGGACAGGGAGGGAGCAGGCAGGUUCAGACCGUGCCGGAACUGAGCCUCCUCUCCCACCUUCAUCCCUGCAGGAUCAGACCCUUCUUCAGCAAGCACAACACAGAGAGGGGUCUGCAUGCACCCUGGUGUACCAGGGUGUACUUGGGGACUCCCAAGCAGGGAAGAGAGGGUCUGGCCAUCAGCCCCACCACGCUCCCUUCCUCGCUGUCCAUUCGGCCAGCACCGGCAUCGGACCCGGGGAGACACCCUGCCCCUGCCUCGUCUUUAUUUAUUUAUUACCAGAGGCUGUAAACAGCAGUGCUUUUCUACCCUCUACUUUCUUUUCCUUUCUUUUGUAUUUUGGAACAACGUGUUGUAAUAAAUACCCAAAUAGGUGUUUUAACA